GCGGCCGAGUGCCGCAGUGCUCCUAGAGGAUGCUGUUCGAUUUCAAGUUAUGACCACUAGGAUGUUUUUUAAAUUGCAAAAUUAGAAUUUUGCAGCGGCGGCCUAAUAGUGUGAUCUAAUACUGUGUCAGUAUCAGCUGUGCAGCACUUUAUUCUGCCCAGAAUCUAAAGAGGCGUUAUUAACGCCGCAUUGCACAUGGGAAUUAUACAUCCACCAAAAUGUCGUAAUGACUUCGGAUAACAGAUACCAGUAACGACUGGUUCUCUCUGUGAUCUAGCAAAGGAAUCAAUGGCUUACCGUUAUGUCUGAUGUUUCUGAAAUGAGGGGUAAUCGGGUGUCCUUCAAAAUGGUAGCGGAUCCUGUCGGAGCCACAACCGUACCGGCGUCGGCAGUAAGUGCAAUGUCAGCGUGCUUUCUUGCCCUCCGCCCGUGGAGUCUUCAUAUUUCGUUGGAGCCAGUUGCUCUGGGAGCGUCUCUUGCAUACAGACUUGGCAGUGGGUUCAGCCCUUGGGCGUUUCUGGGCUCUGCAUUGACAGCACUUUGCGUUCAUUCAGCUGGGAACGUGGUUAACAGUUAUUUUGAUUAUGAAAAGGGUUUGGACUCGACGGCUGUACUGAGCGCUGAUGGCCUUGUUCGUCUGGGGGCUUUUCUCUACGCGCUCGGCCUGUCGGCUUUUCUAGCUGAAUAUACUGUAUCGGUUGACGGUCGUCUCUUAGCUUUCGUCUUCUUCGGUGGGAUGUGUUGCUCGUUCCUAUACACAGCAGGACCAUACGGAUUAAAGUACAUUGGUCUUGGGGAUGUCGUCGUAAUGUUAACAUUUGGCCCUCUCAGCGUGCUCUAUUCAUUUCUCUGUCAAGCGACAUCGUUCACACCUCGGGAUUUAUUGUCUGUUCUGCUGUACGCCGCACCGUUAGCCCUAAAUAGUGAGGCGAUCGUCCACGCUAAUAAUGUUCGAGACCGCGUUCAAGAUCAGAGAGCUGGAGUUAUGACACUCGCAGUUCAAAUUGGACCUCAACUUUCGCACGUUCUCUACGCCUUGCUUUUAUUUGUACCGUACAUGAGCUUUGCAGUUGUUGCGUUUAGUCGCGGAGUACCAGCAAUGUUGCUUCCGUUAAUCACACUGCCAAGCGCGUUUCAGCUCGAACGCGAAUGUCGGUUCGGGGUACAUGCUGAACUGGACAAACACACAGCGCGACUUAAUACCUACUUUAGCAUGUUCUACAUUCUCGCCAUAGCGAUGACGCAACGACUGCCAGGAUUUAGUUACGCGUAGCAACAAUAGCUUGAUUACAAUGGCCUAUGGUUGACAUUGUAGGAAAUUGUUUAUCCAGUAUAAUCCAGACAUAUCAAAUGUUUAACCCUCUGUUUUAGGUCAUACACGGUACAGUGUGAUUCGAUGAUGAUUUCAUUGGAAUGACACAUAUCAUGUCUAUUACUGGAUUUCAUUGCUUUCAUUUUUAUAGAAUCAUUUUUGGAUAAACUGAUUGCCGGUUAGGUUGAGGUUAUGGGUUUGGAAGGCUAUGGCCGGCCGACCUGUUAAUAAUGACAUGAACUAAGUGAAAAGCAUAAAAAGAUCAUUCAAGCUUAAAAGACAACGUUAACUCCGAGUCUUAAUCAAUUUGUCCUGAAUUUGAAACUGUGUCAGCAAAAACUCGCGUUGACUGUGAUGAGUGACGCGUUGGGUUUUUGGCUUUUGAAAGACUCAGAGCAAAGACGAACUUUUGAAGUUUCGAAAUGAUCCUUUGUCAAACUUGCCAUUUCCUGUCGGUUUUAGGUGACGAAUAUUAUAUACUUGCCUUUGUACAACUUUAUAGAGGUUGGUCUUGUUGGUUAGUUCGUUUUAUACCUAAAUUUAGUAGUGCAAAGUGGGCGAAUGACUGAGUUUUAUUCACUAUAAUCGUAUUCUACACACUGUUUUUUUUUAAUUUACGGGUACCAGAAAGUGCCGUUAGUCUAUCAAACGAUGAGAAAUGUGUCUAAGUUAUAAUUCUUACAAACGACCACGUCGAGUGGUUGCUGGAGUAUCCGAGACUAAAUAUGUUUAAAUGUCUUUCAGCCUUCAGUGUUGCCUUUGAGAUCCAAAAGCGUGAAUUAACACACGCACUUGAUUGCCUGUUUAUGAUGUCUGAUGUCGGUCAGUGGGGUAACGCUUGCCAGAUUCCCGUUACUUCACUGGUGUUUAGCUUAAGACGCCCGAACUAAGCUUACAGAGAUAGUGGCUUGCACAAAUAUGUGACCGGCUCGAUAAUAUUCCUCGACAUAACUUUUCGUGAUUUUGUUUAUU